GGCUGCAACUUGCGGCGAGGCUAGGUAGCAUUGGGGUGGCCACCCGCAAAGUGGGCCGCUUUAUCGCGUUCUUAAGUCCGAGAUCUGCUUUUAGUCCAGGGUUGUCAGUCUCUUCUUAGAUCUUUGUUUUUCCUUCAUUUUAUUGCGACCUUCUACACUCUCUUCCCAAUUAGAUUUUUUUGUAGAGUGUCUCACUCACCCGUCUCACCGCGCGGCUUGAACCGCGGCCCCGGUAAAGAUCGGCACGUAAGCCGGGAACGCCCUGUCGCACCGCGUCAUGGAGAAACCAGAUGUUCCGCUCAACCACUCUGGCAUUCGCGAACAGACCGAGGGCACGACCUACGAGCCGAUACACGCGGACGGCCAUCAUAUCCUACGCGAUAACGAGAGUAUAAGUACCAUCUCCGACAGCACCGCCGAUGCCAGCCCGACAUCAUAUGAGAAGCGAGAGGGACCAUCGCACGGCGUCAAUGUGCACCGAGCUGAGGCUGAGUUCGCAGAGCUUAACAAGGAACUAUCCCGAACGAGUCAUAUUUCGCGCGUUCAGUCCCGACAAAGUCGCAAAGGUGCAACUCACACCGAUGUCGAGAAGGCCGAGGACGAGACUUCAUCAGAAGAGCAGUUCGAUCUAGAGACAGUACUGAGGGGCAACCGCGAUGAGGAAGAAAGCGCAGGGAUCAAGUCGAAGCGGAUCGGGGUGGUGUUCGAAGACUUGACCGUGUCCGGCAUCGGAGGAGUCAAGAAUUACGUCAAAACGUUUCCCGACGCGUUCGUAUCCUUCUUCAAUGUCUACGAAAGUUUCAAGACGAUACUCGGCUUGGGUCGUAAAGGCCGCGAGUUUGAUAUCCUGAAGAACUUUCGGGGUGUCGUGAAGCCUGGCGAAAUGUGCCUCGUGCUGGGCCGUCCAGGCUCAGGCUGUACUACCUUUUUGAAAGUUGCAGCGAACCAGCGCUAUGGAUAUACAAAGGUCGGCGGCAAGGUCUUGUACGGCCCGUUCGAGAGCGAGUUCUUUGAGAAGCGGUAUAGAGGCGAGGCGGUGUAUUGUGAGGAAGAUGAAAAUCACCAUCCCACGCUCACGGUCGGCCAAACGCUGGACUUCGCGUUAGAGACAAAGGUGCCCGGAAAGCGACCGGCUGGCCUGUCCCGUCAAGAGUUUAAGGAGCGAGUCAUCGACCUAAUGUUGAAGAUGUUCAACAUCGAACACACACGAAACACUAUCGUGGGCAAUCCCUUCGUCCGCGGUAUCUCUGGAGGCGAGCGCAAGCGCGUUUCAAUCGCCGAGACUAUGAUCACAGGCGCCUCUGUGAUAUCCUGGGAUAACUCAACACGUGGCCUAGAUGCCUCCACCGCCGUGGACUACUCCCGCUCAUUACGCGUUUUGACGAACAUCUAUAAGACCACCACCUUCGUCUCGCUUUAUCAGGCUUCUGAGAACAUCUAUAACGUCUUCGACAAGGUUCUCGUGAUCGACAGUGGCCGGCAAGUCUACUUCGGACCAGCGAAGGAAGCGCGGGCCUACUUUGAGAGCCUGGGUUUCCGUGAAAAGCCCCGCCAGACGACACCAGACUACCUUACGGGAUGCACGGACCCCUUCGAACGGGAAUACAAGCCUGGUAGAAAUGAAAAGGACGUCCCUAGUACUCCGGAUGAUCUCGCCAAGGCCUACCAGCAAUCUGAGACUGCGUCCCGAACGGAUGCCGAAAUGACUGAGUACUACGCUCGGAUGGCUGAAGAGAAGCACGUGUACGACGAGUUCGAAAUGGCUGUCAAAGAAAGUAAGAGACACGCCCCGAAGAAAUCCGUGUACUCUAUUCCGUUCUACCUCCAAAUGUGGGCUCUGGCCAAGCGGCAGUUCUUGUUGAAGUGGCAGGACAAGUUCGCUUUGACAGUUUCCUGGAUCACAUCAAUCACUAUCGCCAUCGUCACCGGUACCGUGUGGUUGAAUCUUCCGAAGACAUCUGACGGUGCAUUUACGCGAGGAGGUGUUCUCUUCAUCGCGCUCCUUUUCAACGCCUUCCAAGCCUUCUCUGAAUUAGCAUCUACCAUGUUAGGCCGUCCUAUCGUCAACAAGCAUCGAGCAUUUACCUUCCAUCGCCCUUCAGCGCUUUGGAUAGCGCAGAUCGGUGUCGACCUGCUAUUCGCAUCAACGCAGAUCCUUGUCUUCAGCAUCAUAGUUUAUUUCAUGACAGGUCUGGUUCGAGACGCAGGCGCCUUCUUCAUCUUUGUGCUGAUGAUCAUCACCGGCUACUUAGCGAUGACGCUCUUCUUCCGAACUGUAGGAUGUCUCUGCCCCGACUUCGACGUGGCCAUCCGACUCGCAGCAACCAUCAUCACGCUCUUCGUCUUGACAUCUGGUUAUUUGAUUCAGUGGCAAUCUGAGCAGGUCUGGCUUAGAUGGAUCUUCUACAUCAAUGCCCUAGGUCUUGGUUUCUCGGCUCUAAUGAUGAACGAGUUUAGCCGCUUGGAUUUGACGUGUGCGGGAAGUUCGCUUAUUCCUUACGGCCCUAGUUAUGCCGACAUCAACUCGCAAGUCUGCACCUUACCCGGUAGUCAAGCUGGCUCGACCGCCGUCUCCGGUACUGAUUAUAUCAAGUUGGCGUUUUCGUACGAUCCGAAGGACCUCUGGAGGAACUGGGGCAUCAUUGUUGUGCUCAUCGUGGGGUUCUUAAUGGCUAAUGCAUUUCUCGGGGAAUACGUCAAGUGGGGUGCUGGGGGGCGAACGGUCACUUUCUUCGUCAAAGAAAACAAGGAUCUGAAGCACCUCAACGACAAAUUGCGAAUCAAACGCGAUAAAAGGAACCACAAGGAAGAGGACACGGAUGCGAGCACCGGUUUGAACAUCACCUCAAAGGCCGUGCUUACUUGGGAGGAUCUCUGCUACGACGUGCCGGUCCCUUCUGGCCAGCUGCGACUCCUGAACAGUAUCUACGGAUACGUCAAACCAGGCCAGCUCACGGCGCUCAUGGGGGCCUCCGGUGCCGGAAAGACCACUCUACUCGAUGUCCUAGCUGCGCGCAAGAAUAUCGGCGUAAUUGCCGGCGACAAGCUUGUCGAUGGGAAACCUCCUGGUAUCGCCUUUCAACGAGGGACUGCAUACGCUGAGCAGCUCGACGUCCAUGAACCAGCGACGACCGUUCGUGAGGCUCUUCGGUUUUCGGCUGACCUCCGCCAGCCAUACGAGACGCCACAGGAAGAGAAGUACGCCUAUGUGGAAGAAGUCAUCUCCCUUCUUGAGAUGGAGGAUAUGGCAGAUGCCAUCAUCGGGGAUCCAGACACUGGCCUUGCGGUGGAACAGCGCAAACGCGUGACAAUCGGCGUCGAGUUGGCUGCCAAGCCUGAGUUGCUACUCUUCCUGGAUGAGCCUACGUCCGGCCUCGAUUCGCAGAGCGCCUACAACAUCGUCCGCUUCUUGCGGAAGCUGGCCGCUGCUGGGCAAGCUAUCCUCUGUACCAUCCACCAGCCAAACUCAGCGCUAUUCGAGAACUUUGAUCGCCUGCUGUUACUGCAACGCGGUGGCCAAUGUGUGUACUUCGGCGAUAUUGGCAACGACGCCCAAGUGUUGCUAGACUACUUCCACCGCCAUGGUGCGGACUGUCCUCCUAACGCUAACCCAGCUGAGUGGAUGCUCGAUGCAAUUGGCGCAGGGUCCACUCCCCGCAUCGGCAAACGCGACUGGGCCGACGUAUGGAACGAUUCCGCAGAAUUCGCUAUGGUCAAGCAAGAUAUCGUCCGCAUCAAGGAGACCCGUAUUGCUGAAGUCGGUUCCGCCGAGCCCAUCGUUCAGAAGGAGUACGCUACGCCCCUGUUGCAUCAGGUUAAGCUCGUCAACAAGCGCAUGAACCUGUCUUUCUGGCGAUCACCCAACUACGGAUUCACGCGACUCUUUAAUCACGUCAUCAUCGCACUGCUUACCGGUCUGAUGUAUCUGCAACUGGAUGACUCCCGCUCGUCGCUGCAAUACCGCGUCUUCAUCAUCUUCCAAGUCACGGUCUUGCCGGCUCUGAUUCUCGCCCAAGUUGAACCAAAGUACGCGAUUGCACGUAUGAUCUCCUACCGAGAACAGAUGGCCAAGGCUUACAAGACAUUCCCCUUCGCACUUGCCAUGAUCGUCGCAGAGAUGCCGUACAGCAUCCUUUGCGCAGUGUGCUUCUUCCUCCCGCUGUACUACAUCCCUGGCUUGAACCCGGAGAGCUCUCGCGCUGGCUACCAGUUCUUCAUCGUUCUCAUCACCGAGAUCUUCUCUGUCACAUUGGGUCAGGCCGUUGCGGCAAUGACACCUUCACCGUUCAUAUCAUCACUCUGCAACCCGUUUAUCAUCAUCAUCUUCGCGCUGUUCUGCGGUGUCACGAUUCCGAAGCCGCAGAUUCCUGGAUUCUGGCGGGCGUGGCUUUACCAGCUGGAUCCCUUCACGAGGCUUAUUGGGGGUAUGAUCGUUACUGAACUUCAUGAUCUGCCGGUCCAAUGCACGCCCAUGGAAUUCAACAACUUCCGGGCGCCUGAAGGCCAGGACUGCGGAACCUACAUGAGCGAAUUCUUCUCCAGCGGCGCGCCAGGCUACAUCCUGAACAACGCGACCGACUUGUGCCAGUACUGUGCGUACAAGGUCGGCGACCAGUUCUACGAGCCGCUUGGCUAUGACUUCAGCCAUCGGUGGAGAGACUUUGGUAUCUUCGCUGCCUUCAUUGGGUCGAAUUUGAUCAUCUUGUUCCUUGCUGCCCGUUUCCUGAACUUCAACCGCCGAUGAGCAUGCACGCCUCGGCCAUAUGCUCCUCUUACGACAAUUCUCGAGCCCCCGGUCCACCCUGCCUUCCGACCGCACGUCGAUCGCAUCUAUGGCAGGCCAGGGAUAGCGCAGUCCAGCGAGACAGCCUUGUGCCCCUUCGGGUGCUCAAUGCGAAGGCCUUCUCUGCCUCCGCCGCCCUGUUGUUUCCUUUCUAGACUUCUUGUUCUCUAUAUCUCAAAAGUCAUUUCCCAUUCUCCGUUUGUAGAUAGGAAGAAGCCUCAACGAGCACAUAGACAGGCAGUCCCCGUCACCUGGGCGGCGUUUGCUCCCCCGCGCCAGUUUGCCUCUGCGAGCGAGCGUUGGCACGCCAUAUACAGUACUUAAUACGUCUUCUCCUUGUCCCUAAAUUCAAAAUAUGUAUA